AUGGAUGUCACAAAGGAUGGCGAGGUGACGGAGGCUCUCAAGUAUGUCCAGGAGCGAUGCAGAAGCACGGAAAAGAAAGUACUUGACGGCGGGGGUCCGGUCGAGCUGUGCAGCAUAAAGUUCUACAAGGAAGUGUGCGAGGUCAACCUGUUCGGGGCUAUCAGAGUGUCCAAAGCGUUCCUGCCGCUAGUGAGGCAGGCUAAAGGCCGGGUAAUUAACGUGUCAAGUGAAAGAGGCCGUCUGGCAAGGGGAGGUAACGCGACGUACUGCAUUUCCAAGUACAGUUUAGAAGCCUUCUCCGAUGCUUUACGUCACGAGAUGAGGAGGUUUGGGGUCCAGGUCAGUCUGAUUGAACCGGCGCAUUUCGGAGGAGCAACAGCCAUUCUUCUGGAACACAACGGCUAA